GGGCCGGGGCGCUCAGGCGGCGGCGGGCGCCGGCGCGCAGGGCAGCGGCCCGCAACAUGCCCAAAGCGCUCAAGGGCGACCACACCAUCGUGACCCCGCGGCUGGCGUAUGAGCCUGCGUGCAAGGGUCCUGUGACUCCCUCUGCCGAGGCCACCGCGGCGGUCAAGAGCCGCAAGACCCCGUCGCCCACCGCCAAGCCGCCGUCGCCGACCAAUUUCGCCAACCGCAAGACGCCCUCUCCAACCCCCUUCUCGCGCUCCGGGGGCCGCUCGCCGAUCGGUGGCCAGCGCAGCUCGCCCACCUUCAACAAGGGCGCGAGCUCUCCCACCCGCUUCGUCGGGGAGCGGCCGUCGGUGCGGCAGCCGCGCUCGCCGCAGGUGCGCUCUGCCUCGUCGGGAAGCCCCGACCCGACCGACUACGCGCGCACGCGGUCGCCCUCACCCUCUCCGAUGCAGCGCCCCGCCUCGCCAGCCGUCGGCAAGCGGCUCUCUCCAAAGCCGGCGGCCGCCAUGCUCCGCCAGUCCAAGUCGUCCAGCUCGUACGCCGAGCAGUUUGGCCGCGCCGAGCGCCGGCCGCGCCGCGACUCGUGUGACGCCGAGGACGAGCGGCUCACGCCACGCACCACGGUGGCCAAGCAGUCGUCGACGGUCGGCACGCAGACGGACCCGGUCGAGGACGAUGCGAGCGGCGCCGGCCAGCUCGUCCGGCCCCAGGCGACGCGACCCCGCCCGGGCGAGGCGUACGACGAGCGCUUCCUCGAAAACAUCGCAAAGAUCCAAGGCGAGCUGGCCAUGGCCGUGUGCUCGGGCAUGGAGCUCAUCGCCGAGCGCGGGGCAGGCGCAGCGAUGGGGGCCGCGGCGGCGGUGGGGCCGCAGACCUUUGCCGAGGCGGUGCUGACCACCAAGACGACGCAGCAGCGGUUUGACCAGCAGAUUCAGCAGCAGCAGCAGCAGCCGUGGCCGGGGCGCGCGCGGGCCGGCGAGGCCGCCGACACGCGCCGCUCCAAAAAGUCGGUGGCGUCGUGCGACUCCGCCGCGCACGGCUCCGACUCGGAGUGCGACGAAGUGCGCUCGCUCUCCCUCUCCGAGGAGGGCCCCGUCUACUCGCGCUCGUGCAAUUGGCGGCUGAUGCGCGCUCCCGACCCGAUUGCAAUGCUCUCCAACGGGCAGCACAAGGCGGCGCGCGUGGACGGCGAGUCGUCGGGCGACGAGCUGCUCGACGAGUCGGCGGACGGCUCGCUCCCGCGCAACGACUCGGACCGCUCGAUCGCGACGACCCGCAUCGGCGGCGGCGCCAAGGGUGCGUCGCCCGCGGGCAAGGAGGAGUCGCUCUCUGGCAUCCUCGCGCCAAUCCUGUCCAAGAUCACGAGCGACCUGGACGUGGUCGCGGAGCGCGCGGGGGAGGGGGCGGGGCGGCGGCUGCCCACCAGGGUGCCCGCCACCAAGCCGGCACCGGAGCGGCGCAAGCCCGGCGAGCGCCGCGCCCCCGCCGCCGGCGACGUUGCGCUCGCCCUCUCCGAGGUGCGGCUGGUGCACGACGGCGGGGGAGAGCAGCGGCCGACAUCGACGCGCUCCGACGUUUCGAUCGGGUCGAUGUGCUCCGCCUUCACCUCGCUCUCCUCAUCCGCCUCCGGCUCGCAGCUCAACUCGCCCCGCGGCGCGGCGCGGACCCUCACGACGUCGGCGUCGAUGCCGGCGGGCACGUUUCCGAAGCGGCACCACCGCCGCCUCAACUGACGCGCGCGGCUAUAUUUGCGCGGGGCGAAGGGAACGCGCAUCCUUGCGCCCCGCGCGGCGUGCGCGCCCAUAGCUCCGGAGGGGAGACGGCACGCGCGCCGCCCGCGCCACCGUGACUUUCACGUCACACCGGGGCCACACACCGCAUGCACAUGUCCGGCGCGCUCAUGGGGCUGACGCCUCUUCGCACGCUCUCAACUAUGUACCUUACGCACACACACACGACACACAAGGGGGAAGGGGGACACAUUUACCCCAGGGGAGGGGAUCUUGUGCGAGAGUAUGAAAAUAUGGAUAUAUGUA